AAGAGCGAGUGGCCGGUUGUCGGUUGUCGGUGGUAAAAAAGGACCACGAUCCUUUGGCCGUUGCUUGCCGCGAGGCUAACACGAAACUAGCCCUUUCAUCCGGCUUUCAAUCACCACUCUCUUGACCACCAUCAAUCUUUCGGUUCGCCGCGAGCAGCAGCUACCACCGCCACCACCCAAGCAACAGCAUGUCCGAUUCGGUUGAGGUUGAGCAAAUGGCUGAGGCGAAGCCGCGAAAGAUGGCGCUGCCAACGUCGCUGGACAAGGAUGCAAUCCGGGAGGCAUACGAGGACGUCCGCUCGAACCUGAGCGACCACGAAUGGGCCGUGUUCAAGUUCGACGGCCUUAAGAUCGUCUGCUCAGCCAAGGGCCAGGGUUUCCAGGAGUUCUGUGGCGAGUUCCAGAACGACGAGCGCGCCUUCGGCUACAUCCGGAUACAGAUGGGCGACGAGAUGUCGAAGCGCAGCAAAUUUCUCUUCCUCACUUGGAUCGGACCGGAAGUGGGCGUGAUGCAGCGCGCCAAGAUGUCCACCGACAAGUCGAUCAUCAAGGACGUGAUCAAUAACUUCGCCGUGGAGCUGCAGGUCGAGACGAGCGCGGAUCUGGAUCUGGAGAUGUUUAAGGCACACCUGAACAAAGCCGGUGGAGCUAACUAUGGAACUGGCGUGCGGGACCUGUAAGGUUGCUGGCUCCGGAGUUCCACGAGAACAACGACGUGGCGGUAACCGAGCGUCCGGGGAUGAACCCAGGACAGGUGGACACAUACACACGCAGACAAAUACACAAACACACCAACGGAUGUCAACCGCAACGUAACGCUUUUCGUGCCUUUCAGUGCCGAGGUCCUGGCAACCCCGGUCGCUCGUGUUCCGCUGCCGCGACACAACCAACCAACCCCCCCCCCCCCCUUAGGAUGUAGUAUGACCGUGUUUAAAGCAAACUUCAUUUAUUUAACAACCCUCUGCUCUUACCCGAGGCCGGCAUGCUCCAAGUAACGGCCACCGUGCACGUGUUCUCCGUUUCCAGCUACCGGUUCGGCGCAGGCAGGCGGCGUGCCUGUGAUUUGCUAGGCGUGUCCGUCUUAACUAGACUAUUUAAGAGCGAAAAUUGCGCUACUAUCGAGAAUUGCGUUUCAUAACAACAUUCGGUAUUCGGAUUUUUCAUUUUGUUGUUGCUAAUUUGUUCCUAAAUAUAUUAUCUAAAUUAUCUUGUUUUCUGGAGCAAGGUUGGCGAGAGUAAAUUUUGGGCGCGAUUGCAGAUCCCGCAAUAUAUUCAAAGAAGGGGAUAGUACAUUCGUGGCCAACAGCCAAUGGCCAAAGGAAGAAGAAUCGGGUACAGCAGUAGGUUUAACGUGUCAUCUAACAAGGAAACACGGAGAAUGGGAAGCCGACGGUAUAUGCGUAUUAAACAAUUAACUAUAUAUCACUUAUUAUUGCAAAACAACGGGAUGUUUUUCAAACGUAGGGCGAAAGAGGGAUGCAGUGUUAAGCGCGGUAAAGUAACUUGUUCUAUAGGACAGGAUGUACAACAGAAUGGUGAUUAGCAACCUAAGCCAAACUGUCGGGGUCACAUUUAAACCGUUGCUUGUGUUUCUGUCAUCAUUUUCGUUAAGCAAAAAAGCAAGAAAGUAAGAAAAUUGGAUAAAAAUGUCGAACAAAUGAAAAUGGUUAUUCAAAAAAAAAAUCAGAUUUCGUUAGCUAAUUUUCGAUGCGAGUUUUGGUUGUUUUUAUCAAUGAAGUAGAUUGUUCUUCUGGUUCGGUUAGCACUAGUUUUGUUCAAAAUGUGUACAAUGACUACAUCUAGAGUCCAUUUUUGAGGACAAAAUUCUGAUGUAGUUAUUGCGUUUAAAACAAAGCACUUCCCAUGCUGUUUUCCUGGAGUUUUUGUGUUCAACAUAUUUUAGCGUUUUAUGUAAAGCCUGACCGUAAAAUCGGCAUAGGUUACUAAUCAAGUAAAUAUUACUACCAUUCCUGAUAGUACGCGUCAACCGUUGCAAAUUUCCCCGAUCGCGCAAAGCAUUCGUAUUUAACAUACUACUAGCGAUUGCUAUAUUUCCUCGUUGUGGUGCUGUUUCUUUUUUUUUCGCUUCGCAGUUGAUGAACUAGGAAUAACGAAAAACAUAAGAUAUAAAGAAGAUAAAUGUAACGAUCAUUUCUUAACUUUAGUUCCGACUAGCAAAGACAAUCGGUGUUUUGUAGAUCGGAUGCCAUUUUCAGUGUGUUUUUGCUCUUCUCGCAGUGCGUCGCUAAAUUUCAUAAGUUUAUCGAAAUUUCCAUUACUUCUUUCGAUUGUUCAGUAAAACGUGUUGCAACGAAUUAAACCUUCUUUCGGUCGAGAUACAGCGUACCGCGCUUAGUAAGGACGGGAACGCACGUGAUUGUAUCGAUGCAAUUGGCCACCCUACCAAUUCAAACGCACGGUUUCUUCAAAACAUAUGUUAUUACCGACGGCGUAUAGCUGAGAAUCUACUUCUAUUCAUAUCGUCACCGAUGUGAGCCCAUUAUUGCGACGAUGUGUUGGAAUUAAAGAAAUAAAGUUGUAAA